AUGUUCGCCAAAGAUGACCCGAUUUUCAGUCAUCACUCAAGGUACCGUCCUUUGACCACAAAGCUAAUAGUCGUCUCUGUGGCAUGCUCACGAGCAGGGUAUGAUUGUAUAGAGGGCGCUGACGGCGGCGAGGCGGGCCGCGAGGAGGCCAAGGUGGUGGACAACGAGGGCGACGGCGUGGCCUACUCCUGGACAUUCUUCCACGUCGUGUUCGCGCUCGCCACCUUGUAUAUUAUGAUGACGCUGACUAACUGGUUCAAUCCAAGCUCAGAGCUGUCCAAGGAGAACGUCGCUUCCAUGUGGGUCAAGAUAACUUCCUCGUGGCUCUGCAUCGGGCUUUACGUGUGGACCCUCGUGGCGCCCGCCGUUUUCCCCCACCGCGACUUCAGCUAAGCGGUUAGCUCCUCCCAAGUUAUACGUCACAAAACAACUCAGUAUAAUCAGUAAUCGGAUAGCCGUGACGUAUAUUUUAGUAUUCUUAGUACAUCAUACUUAUACUUCACUAGCAGGGCACGUCGAUCAAUUGCCUAUGAUAGGUAUUAGCUCGAGCUGCAUCUUACGUAAUCAUAAGUACAUAAUUUUUAAUGUUUCUUUUUAUAUUAAAUGGAAAAUUAAGAAAAAUGCGUGAUUUGACACGAGAAAAAAAAAUUAUUCCCUCGCACUGUUUGUGCAUUUUAUGGAUUAUUCUAUUUUAUGUAUGGGAUCAAGAAUAUAA